AGCAGCAGCAGCAGCAGCAGCAGAAGCAUCGCGGUAUUCCGGGGAAACACCAUGCAUCUGAGGCUGAAAAGACGAGCGGAGCCCCUCUUCGUCUCGCUUUCUUAUUUUUGAUUUCCGUUUUGUUGUUUCGUCUUUCCUUUCCCUUUUUUUCACCCCCUCUCUCCUUUUCACCCAAUCGCUGACGCGCAAGGACACUACAGCAUCCAUCCCCGGCAGAACCGCUCACAUAGAGCAUCCUCUGUACAGACGCACCACCAUCCUCCUCCUUCCUUCCUUCCUUCCUCCUACUCUUCCUCCUCUCCUCUCUCCUGUUCUGUUUCUAACCCAGAGGACAUCAUCGGGACCUCUAUCCGCCCGGAGACAUGGAUCUAUGGUUUCAUUCGAUCCGGAUUUGCUGGUGGAGGGUUUUGUUUCUGAUGAGUGUUUUCCAGGACUAUCUGAGCUCCAUGCUGGACUGCCCGCCGACCUGCAGCUGCUCUCAAACAGAGAUCUAUUGCAAUAAGUCCGACAACGGCAGGUUUUUCCCUUUACUGGCACUGCAAGACACUGGGAGCAAUGGGACCAGCGUUGACAUAGCAGAGUUAUUCAAAAACAUCAGCUCCAUACACAUAGAGAACUGGACAGGAUUGCAGACUCUCAGAGACGUGGAUAUGGAGCUCUACACUGGACUACAGAGACUAACUAUCAUGAAUUGCAACCUGAGGGUGAUCCAGGCUCGAGCAUUUGCUCAGAACCCACACCUACGCUACAUAAACUUGUCAAAGAAUCCUCUCACCACUCUGUCAUGGCAGCUCUUCCAGCACCUCCAACUCUCCGAGCUGCGUCUGGAUGGGGUGGUGUUUGAAUGCGGCUGUGAUAUCCGCUGGAUCCAGCUGUGGCAGCAGAGAGGAGAGGCCGGGCUGCACACACAACAGCUGUACUGCAGGAAUGGAGCCUCCAAGAUACGCCUGCACAACAUGUACAUCAACAACUGUGACUUACCAGAGAUCAGUGUGAGCCACAGCAGCGUGUUGGUGAUGGAGGGCGACAAUGUGACUGUGAGCUGCAACGGAUCCGGAUCACCACUGCCUGAAGUAGACUGGACAGUCAGCGGGCUGCACUCCAUCAACACUCACCUGUCUAAUGUGUACUGGCCAAACAUCCACUCCAUCAACCUGACUCUGUUCAACAUCAGCCGUGAUGACAACAACUUCCAGCUGACCUGCAUCGCUGAAAACGUGGUGGGGAUGACCAACUCCUCCAUCCAGCUCAACGUACAAUUUCCUCCCGUCAUCCUGAGACUGGCAGAGCCCGAACAGCGCCAUGACACCUGCAUCGAGUUCACGGUUCGUGGUUAUCCUCAUCCUAAGCUGCGUUGGUUUCACAAGCAGAAAGAGAUUGUCCAGAACGAGUACAUCCGCACUGAGAUGGACUUCUACCAGGACUAUUUGGAGGGUUGUCUAACCUUCCAAAACCCAACGCACAUCAACAACGGGAACUACACACUGGAGGCCAGCAACCCCCUUGGAACAGUUACAAAGACGGUGCAUGGUCACUUUCUGAGGCCGCCGAUCGAUGACGAGGGUGAGUGGAUGAUUUCAGACAGCUCUGCCAUCCCAUCUUUCAAAAGCCGACCAGAUGAAGACACAUUUGGGGUUUCCAUCGCCGUGGGUUUGGCUGGCUUCGCUUGCGUCCUCCUCGUCGUCCUUUUUGUUCUCAUCAACAAAUAUGGCCGGCGCUCCAAAUUCGGUAUGAAAGGUCCGGUAGCUGUGAUCAGCGGUGAGGAAGACUCUGCCAGCCCUCUUCAUCAUGUCAACCAUGGGAUUAUUACCCCCUGCACGCUGGAUGCCGGCCCUGAUGCCGUCGUCAUCGGGAUGACUCGUAUCCCUGUGGUGGAGAAUCCGCAGUAUUUCAGACACGGACACAACUGCAACAAACCAGCAACCCUUGUUCAGCACAUAAAGAGGAGGGACAUCAUCCUGAAGAGGGAGCUGGGUGAAGGAGCAUUUGGGAAAGUUUUCCUCGCAGAGUGCUACAACCUGUGUCCCACCAAGGACAAGAUGCUGGUGGCAGUCAAGACCCUGAAGGAUCCCAACCUAUCUGCUAGGAAGGAUUUCCAGAGGGAGGCAGAGCUGCUGACCAACCUGCAGCACGACCACAUUGUUAAAUUCUAUGGAGUGUGUGUAGACGGAGACCCUCUCAUCAUGGUGUUCGAAUACAUGAAGCAUGGAGACCUCAACAAAUUCCUCAGAGCCCACGGCCCAGAUGCCAUGAUCCUGGUAGACGGCCAGCCUCUGCAGUCAAACGGAGAGUUGGGCCUUUCCCAGAUGCUGCACAUCGCUAGCCAGAUUGCCGCGGGCAUGGUCUACCUGGCCUCACAGCACUUUGUCCACAGAGAUCUGGCAACCCGCAACUGCCUGGUGGGCAACGGUCUGCUGGUCAAGAUUGGAGACUUUGGGAUGUCCAGGGAUAUCUACAGCAGCGAUUACUACAGGGUUGGAGGACAUACCAUGCUACCUAUCCGCUGGAUGCCUCCAGAGAGCAUCAUGUACAGGAAAUUCUCCACGGAAAGCGACGUCUGGAGCUUUGGAGUCAUCUUGUGGGAGAUCUUUACCUACGGGAAGCAGCCGUGGUUUCAGCUGGGAAACAACGAGGUUAUUGAGUGCAUAACCCAGGGUCGGGUUCUGGAGAGGCCGAGGAUUUGUCCUAAAGAGGUGUACGACAUCAUGCUGGGCUGCUGGCAGAGGGAACCGCAGCAGCGACUGAACAUUAAGGACAUUCAGAAGGUCCUGUUCGCCAUGGGAAAAGCCACGCCCGUCUACCUGGACAUCCUGGGCUAGCGGUGGCUCCGGGAUGGCCCGUUCCUCGCCAGACAAGACAGACGGAUCGACAGAGACAGACCGACCCACACGAAAAUCCAGGAAAAACCAAACCAACCUGCUCCACUGUCGAAAAACACCUACAAUGUUUGGGAAGGACUUAAGUGCCUGCAACACUUUUGGAUAUAGUGGAUAAAACAUAUUCAAAAAAACACGCACUUUUACAUUUUGUUUACUUGCGUAUAAGAUGUACAGGUUUGAAGAAGACUUUUUUUUCUCGAAAAACUGCAAAAACACACAAAAAGGGAAGUAAAGAGAACUGGCAAUAGGAAAAAUGGCCACAGUUUGAUUCAGUUACGGAGAGAACACAUCAGAGUUAAAAUCUAUCCUGGGUUGGUUUUCUGAAUAUAUAUAGAAAUAUUACAUAUAUUUUGUAUUUAUUUCUUUUUGUCAGGGUGUUGGAGGGUCUGCCAUGCGUGUUGCUAAGGGCUCAGCCCUGUCCGAAGACGUCAACGACAAACAAUUGGCAGGGACUCGACGAUGGCAGCCUUACUUUCGCUCUGAGGGUCCGCCACUGAGCUUUUAACAGGAACUCCGCUUCUGUGGAUUAACACUGGAUGGUUGAAAAAAACACGGGGAAGCACUCUGUAGAGGACCUACCCAAUCAGACAACCGACAAAUCUAUUUUAAUUUAAAAAUAAUGUACAUAUUGUAAAAUUCUAUGUGUCAAAAUUAUGUUAACUUAUUUUCGGGUGUUAUUUUGGUUCCUUUCUGACUGUGAUCUGGGUGGCUAAAGUAUAAAGCUAUGGUAUUUGUUCUCAUCCUAAUCUAGAGGAGCUUUCUCUUGGGAAUUACCUAUGUCAGUGCUGGUAAGUUGUCUUAUGUGGUGAAGGUGAAUGGCAGUGAAUACACUUGGAAAAGUCCGCUGACGCUGAUUCACAGAGACUCUUAAGGAUGGGGGACGACUCAGAGCCAUCAACAUGACACUUUUCCAAAGAGGUGAUGAAACCUCGCAGUCACUUUCCAGUUCAUUUGCUUUUUAUGGCGAGAAUAAUGUGUCGAUGAAUAAUAUCUUGCACCACACUUCCAAACACAUACACACGCUUUGAGAAACUGUUCUGCCACUUUCAGCCUUUUUGGUGUGAAACUGCUUUUCUGCUCUAAAAAAAAAACCUUUUUGUAACUGAAGGUAUAAAUCAUUUGUUAGCCGCAGUGUGAGCCCUGCAUACACAGCUUCAGAAAAACCUGUAACAUAGAGGGAGAGACAGACUCCACUUUCUUGCCUGGAAUUCGAUGACAAGAUUGAUAUCACUCAACAUUCAGUGGAAAUAUGAGGUGCAUUAACCAUAAUACUGCAUUCAGAUGCAGACAGGUUGACAAAGUUUGGGGAAAAGUGGACAGAUGUUGCAUCUUGUAUCCAUCAAUCUUAGAGUGUUGGAAAAUUCUAACAGAACAGAAUAUGUUUCACUAGUGAGUAAAGAUAUUUUCAUGUAUUUUCCUGUAUUUACCUCUGUGUUGACCCACAAUUCAUCACCAUCUCCACCCGAGAACCAUAGAGGGUAUGUGGGAAGAGAACUUAGCCUCUUUUAACCCCUGUAAAGAUAUUUUUAAUAUUUACUUUAAAUCUUGCUGAACUUAAGCUAACCAUCUUUGGGUAGUAUUUGUGCAUAGAUGUCAGUGACGGGUGACGGACCACCCUAGUAGCAACUUUUCACCCUGGUUUACAUUCAGUUUCACUUUAAAGUCCCUUUACAGUGAUUUAAAAAAAAAAUCAGUUCCUUUGGUUCAUUGUAUGACAGGCUACUGUGUUAUGAACCACCAGGCAAAAUUAAAAAAAAAAAAAACAUCUCUGAGUAUAUAAAACUGAGCUUCAAAAUCAUGAAAAAUGAGGCAGGGAAUUCUGCUCUAGGAUUUUGUGGGCGUGUCAGUUGAAGGAGCUGAAGUCACGCCCACUCACGAUAAAUACGAUCCCCUCAAUUUUUUUUUUUUUUUUUUAAGGUUUAUUUUUGGGCCCUUUCAUGCCUUUAUUUGAUAGAGGAAGGACAGUGGAUGGACUUGG